UUUAGUCUAUUUAGAGCGAACUUUCAUCAGUUUGACUAUUGUGAAUUAGUUUGAUUACAUGCACACCAUGAUGUGAUUGUUGAAUUGGGGAAAAGAACUUCACAAGUUCUUUCUAGUUUUCUUUAUUUCAUUUAAGCAACAUUUUGUUUGGUGAACGAUAAUGAUUCUGAGGAUAAGAAUCGUGUUCUUGGUGGCACUAGCAGUCCUCAGUUUGACAGGCGCGCUUUAUGAACCUACAAACCUAAGCUGUGCAUCCUUGAACUCCACAACGCUGAUGUUUUCUUGGACCCUUCCUGCUAGUGGAAUAUUUACUGUAAACGGAUAUCACCUAAAUCUACAGAGAACCGAUAACAUCCGAGUAGAAAAUAUUCCACAUGUUGACACAGGAAGUGUGUAUGUGGAGAACUACACGUAUUACAAGAUCGGGAAAUACGCGGUGUAUACGCUUACUAUGCAUUCAUACACCGCCAGUGGCAACGACACAGAUGUGUCUGUAACCUGCCGAACGGAUGAAGAUGCUCCUGAUGGUGGACCUCCCUCAGUUAACUCGACAGGAAUUUCCUACACAGAAAUAUCUGUGAUUUGGACGGAACCACCACGGUAUCAUCACAAUGGAAUCUUAUUGGGUUACAAACUUGUUUACCACGCAUACCUGAGUCAAUUUCCGCAGGAAGUUGUUCUAUCGAACACCACCUUCGCUUACACUAUAACUGGCUUGGAAUAUGACACGUGGUAUGUAAUAAGCGUUCUUCCGUAUACUACGGUGGGGGAUGGCCCGCGAACAUCAUAUCCAGAGAAAACCCUAGGUCCAACGACAAAGGCCCCUGAGGAAGUGACUAAAUACUACUGCUAUGAAGCUAUUCCUGGGACCCUGGUAUUUUCUUGGGAAUCUAUGCCAUGCACAAUUUAUGUCGGUGUCAUUGGCGCACUAUUCCUGUUUUUGUUGAUGGCGUUGGUGGCAUGUUGUUGCAAAGGCAGUAAAAAAAUAAAGGAGAAACAUACCAGCAAUGUACAAAUGAUGCCCCCUGUCAUUCAUCUUAAGGAGAAGGUAAAGGUGAUUCAGGCCAUGAAUAAAUUUAAGAAAAACCGAAAGGGAGGAGAAAACGGGACAACUGAUAAUAGAGAUAUGGAUUACAACGGCAAUAGUUUUGGAAGAGGGGUCUCGAAUUCUUUUACUAAUAAUUUCGGAGAUGGCAACCCAAAAGUACGACCUGGGCGGGGCGGAAAUGACUAUGAUGUUGGGGAGGACGACGGACGGGGAAAGAGGAAAGGCUUGUGGGGUAUGGGGUUAAACAAUCUGUUGGGCAAGGGGAGAGAAGGAAGUAAGGACAAACUGGUUGAUGAUCGUCAAGAUCCAUACGGAGAUCCAGAAUGUAGUCGUUGGAAUAGUGGUAGAAGUAAACAACGAGGUGAUCCUUUCGACAUAAGAGCGGGUAAGAAUGCGGCAACAGCUUCGGCUCUAAGAGCCCGCGGAAAGAAAAACAACACUGUGUCACCUUUGAACUUUGAUGACGAGGGUUACUACGAUGAUGAUGGUGAUGAAUAUGGUGAUGAUUCAGGGGAUUUAACAGCACGUGAUAUCCGACUCUUCAGUAAACAACCGAGCAAAAAUUCAAAUCCUGAUAUCGCGAGGAGGGGAUCGAAAAAAGGCAAUACGACUGUGCCUGUGUUGGACAAAAGGUUUAACAGAGAUAUUUCGGGUGUAGACCUGUACCUAGAAGACAACGAUGACAAUUAUGAUGAUGAAUACUUCGAGCAUCCACCGCCCGCGCCUCGUUUUCAUUUGGGGGACGAUGCGUCUGUGGAUUUACCAUUUGGUGGGGAAGGAGUCGGUUUAAAGGGGGGGAUUCCCCUUGGAGCAGAUGGCGAUGAUGCGGCAUUUUUUUAAGUCUGGUUUAAUUCAAGUCAACUAUAUUUUACAUAUUUAAUUCCGUUUCGUGACAUCAUUUCUUGUACCCAUAUAGGAGGAUUUUUUCAUACGCAUUGUCCGGUUAACACAAAGCCAUACUUUUAAAAGAUUAUACAUGUUCAUGUAACAUGUAUAUAUAAACUAUAUCAUUUUGCUAUAUUCUUUUCUCAGUUUGCAAAAACAUGUACAAAGUUACAGUAUCUCACAACCGAAUCCUUUAAUUUAUGGUUAAUACUAAAAAUGGUGGGGUGGGGUUUGUGAAAGCGGUCAUCGAUUUUAAAUUGGUCCCUCACCCUCUUUUUGCCUUCUAUGUGACUUUAUAUUGUCAUUCAAUAUCAUAUUGUUCGUGGACCAUGCCAUCGAUUUAGCAAAGAAAGAAACUUGGGUGAUAUAUAUCUAGUGGCCAUACUUUUUGAGGUUAAAACAUAUUGCACUUUGUGCAAGGAUGCAUCGAUUUUUUUAAAAAAAGGAAAGAGGAUUAACUCACAUAGAAUAGGAUUUUAUGUCAAUAUAUGGAACAUAAUGUUGCUGGUUUGAUAUAUUUAUACCGUGCAGUAGUUGACCUUUAUAAUUAUUUUAAUCCUUACAAGUAAGAUUAAACAAAGAAGUUCAUAAUGCAAAAAGGAUUAGUAAUGCAUGUGUAUCCAGUCAUUUUACUAUGUUAUGUUGUGUACAUGGUUGUUCGUUUUAAAGCUUUGCUAAUUAAAAAUAAAUUACACGAUUUUUACAAUAAAGCUUAA